AUGGAAUGACCUCGACUUUCCAUUUUGGAUGUCAUAUGAGGCAAGAGAAUUCCCUACCUCAGAGAGUUAGCCGUGUCGCCUCCUUCCCGGAGCUCAGUCGCUAGCUCCGAGCUGAUCGGAGCCUCCACGAAGUGCUGCUACGUACAAGCCCCUGAAGUUGGACUCGACACAUGAGAGGGAAGUGAAUUAAUUUAGGCCACGCGACAGAAGGCGGGCAUUUGCAAAGCCCCAUGCCAGCAUUUCUGUUGGCGCUGUGUGGCUUGGAUGAUAACCGGAGUUACCUACCGCACGAAACCAAGUGGUUGCUGCUCGAUAUCAGACUGAUGCCGCCAUCCACCGUGAUGACAUUGUUUGAGAACCCAUUCACCUGCGAGUCCGAGAACUUGAGCUUCUCUGUUUGCUUUCAAGCAAUGCCAUUGGUGUCGACAGGCCAGGCUCCUCACAAGCUAUUCUCUAAGGGCCGCCUAGAGCGGGUCUGUCUGAUUCCAUAUUAUCGCACGGAGGGUCGAGUUAUAAACAACCGCGAAUCCAUAUGUCUGGGUAUCUCAGUGCUAGUAACACAGUUCGUAUCUUCAUCUCAUGGUUUCAAGAUCCGCAGCUGAUCAAGAUAACCAGCCAAACCACCAGUCAACAUUGUAGGCGGUGUAUAAUUUGAAGAAGGGCAUUGAAAGAAAAGGG